AUGCGGUGCAGCGGGAGCUGUCCGCCGCCGCUGCUGCAGAGCCUCAACGUGGAAGAAGACACGCGGCUGCUGCUCAGCAGCAGCAGCAGCAGCAGCAGCAGCAGCAGCAGCAGCAGCAGCAGCAGCAGCAGCAGCAGCAGCAGCAGCAGCAAAAGUCUUUCUGUUUCUGAAAGAAAAAAGAAACUUUUGUCUUUGAAAACCCUCAAAGAAAUUCGAUUUAAUCCCCAACACAUUUACACUCUGGACUUUGCACAGAACUUCUUUCUCCCCUCAACUUACGAAUUCGACUUGGGAUUAUUUCGCAAGUCCCUUUGCCCUCUUCUUGACAAACAGCCAAUUGAAAUUAUGGCCAUUUUUAGUACCCUCUUAAUAGGGCCCCCAGAAGGCCCCACGGGGGCCCCGGGGGCCCCCCUGGGGGCCCCCCUUGGGGCCCCCCUGGGGGCCCCCCUGGGGGCCCCCCUGGGGGCCCCCCUGGGUCCCUGUGGGGCCCCACAGGGGGCCCCACAGGCACAGGGGCCCCCGAAAGGUGGGGCAGCAAGAGGAGUAGUUCCUGACUUUGCGUCGCUGAAGGCAGCAGCAGCAGCAACACAAGCAGCAGCAGCAGCAGCUGCUGCUGCUGCUGCUAAGGAGAACAGAGAGUACCCCUAUAAAGAGCUGCUGCUGCCCGAAAACCCCAAAGACAAAGUCUAUCUCUGGAGGUUUCAGCUGCUGCAUGAAGACCUUGUCGCUGGCCAAUAA